AAACUCCACUAUGAGCUCGGUGCAUUGCUGUGGCAGCCACCCUUUAUCUCUUCCCGCUUUCGCUCUCAUCGAGCUUUCUUCUCUUCUUCCUCUUCCUUCCUCAUCUCUUGAUCAUCCCAAUCCUCCAUCAUCAAUCACAAAGUAAUUAUCAACUUUGUGGCCUAUUCACUCUGAGGCAUCAUUCGCUUGAUUCCUCGGGUUUUUCCCUUUCUUCGGUGAUUUCCUCCAUUCCCUUUUCGAGUCGCAGGUAGACUUAUCUUUCCCUCGUGCGAACCUCAAGUGUACUAUCCUGUUAUCGGGUCGUUACCAUCUAACACUCAUCAACAUCCAUCAAUAUGAGGGGCUUUAUCGCUCUUCUCUCGCUGGCGGCUGCUGCCGCUGCGGCGCCAUCGUUCAGUUACGAGACCAUCCAUCACGGAGCCGCUCCCGUCAUUUCCUCUACCACUGCUGAAGAGGUUCCCAACUCAUACAUCGUCAAGUUCAAGAGCCAUGUAUCCGAAGCAUCUGCAGCGGAUCAUCACUCUUGGGUUCAGAAGAUCCACGGUGAUCGCGAGGAUGAGCGAUUAGAGCUUCGAAAGCGAGGCCAGAUCCCUCUCAUCGGCGAUGUCGUUGACAGCUACAAGGGUCUGAAGCACACCCUCAAGAUCGGCACCGAAUUCCUCGGCUACGCCGGUCACUUCGAUGACUCCGUCAUUGAAGAGGUCCGAAGACAUCCUGAUGUCGAGUUCAUCGAGAAGGAUUCCGUCGUCCACGCCCUCGGAGAUGAGGAGCCGGACCUAGAGAAGAACGCCCCUUGGGGUUUGGCCCGAAUUUCUCACCGCAAGCAACUCUCCUUCGGCACCUACAACAAGUACCUGUAUGCCGCCGAGGGUGGUGAGGGUGUUGAUGUGUACGUCAUCGACACCGGUACCAACAUCGAGCACGUUGAUUUCGAGGGACGUGCAUCUUGGGGCAAGACCAUCCCUACUGGGGAUGAGGAUGUUGAUGGCAACGGCCACGGUACUCACUGCUCUGGCACUAUCGCUGGUAAGAAGUACGGUGUUGCCAAGAAGGCCCACGUCAAGGCCGUCAAGGUCCUCCGAUCUAACGGCUCUGGCUCUAUGUCCGAUGUCAUGAAGGGUGUUGAGUGGGCUGCUGAGCAGCACUUGGAGCAGGUCGCCAAGGCUAAGAAGGGCACGCGCAAGGGCUUCAAGGGUUCCGCCGCCAACAUGUCUUUGGGUGGUGGCAAGUCUCCCUCUUUGGACCAGGCUGUUAACGCUGCUGUUUCUGCUGGUCUUCACUUUGCCGUUGCCGCCGGUAACGAUAACGCUGAUGCCUGCAAGUACUCUCCCGCUGCUGCUGACAAGGCCAUCACCGUCGGUGCUAGUGCUCUUGAUGACAGCCGUGCGUACUUCUCCAACUGGGGCAAGUGCGUUGAUAUCUUCGGCCCUGGUCUGAGCAUCCAGUCGACCUGGAUUGGCAGCAAGACCGCUAUCAACACCAUCUCUGGUACCUCCAUGGCUUCCCCCCACAUUGCUGGUCUCACCGCCUAUUUCCUCUCCCUACAGCCCGCCUCGGACUCCGAGUACGGUCUAGCCCAGAUCACCCCUGAGAAGCUGAAGACCAACAUGGUCACCAUCGCCACCAAGGGUGCUCUCUCUGACAUCCCCAGCGACACCCCCAACCUGCUCGCCUGGAACGGUGGUGGUUUCUCUAACUACAGCCAAAUCGUGUCUGAGGGUGGCUACGUUGCCGAGACCCCUGCUGAAGGUUCUCUCUCCAUUGAGGAGCUUGAGAAGGCUAUUGAGCACGACUUCAACGUUGUCUCUGGCACUGUCGUCAAGGGUGUCUCUUCCCUCUCUGGCAAGGCCGAGAAGCUCUCCAGCAAGAUCCACGAGAUCGUCGACGAGGAGCUUAAGGAGUUUUUCGAGGAGCUCCGUAUGUAAGGUGGCAUAGAUUGGCAAUCCUGUCUAGCAUGUAGUAUUUUUUUUAGACCUGGGAUAUUGGCAAGUUUCCAAUCGAGCAUAGGUCAUGAAGCGGUGUUUAUUGGGCAAUCGGCCAUUUGGCCUAUCUAUACUUGUACACGAUGCAAUGGUCUUUCGGUAGCAUGGUAACGUUUAUUAGACCUCUCAGAUAGUAAUGGGUCGUAUUGCAAUCUUUUCUUUGCCAUAAGCGCUUAAUGACUACUUCUGCUCAGU